AGCUGUUCUGGCCCGGAAGCGCCAGCGUGUUGUUGAGCCAUGGCGGAGCCGGAGGCGAAGAAGCAGAAGACGGAGGAGAGCAAGGAGCCAACAGCACCGCCGGAGCUGGAGGGCAAUGCCAAGCCGAGCAGCUCCAAGCCGCUGAAGCCGGACGUGGGCUUCGAGACGUCGGACUGCACGCUGAACGUGAUCCCCUCGCUGGGGGGCCGGGUCUUGAUGCCCCUCACCGACGGCGGCAUGCAGUACCUCAUCGGAGGCGCACGGGCCAACCUCGGCAUCAAGAAGGGCAGAUAUGUCUACGAGGUCAAAGUCGUGGAGUCUCACAACCCCUCGGAAGGCCCGCAGCGCAGCUUCCGGUCGCCGGUGAGCCGGAACCUGGUGCGGGUGGGCUUCUCCCUGCAGGGGUCCCCGCUGCUUCUGGGGGAGACGGAUGAUGGCGUGUACUUUGACAGUGACGGCUUCUACGUGGCAGAGCAAAAGCGAGAGAACGUGUCUCAGCGCUUCACGCGGGACAGCACCGUGGCGGUGGUUCUGAACCUCGACGCUUCGAGCCCCAACGCCCACACGGUGAGCCUCUUCCGGGACGGCGUGAGGAUCUCGCAGCCCCAGAAGCUUCCGGAGAAGCUGAAGGGCAAGACGCUCUUCCCCCACCUCAGCUUCAAGAACAUGACCGUGCAUGUGAACUUUGGCCCUCCCCUGGUGCCCUUGCCCUUCACCUGCUCCUCGGUGGCGGAGGUGCCCACCGCUGACGGGGAGGCGGCUGUGGCCCCGCCCAAGGACGGGAAGUACGAGGUCAUCUUUCCAGUGGCAGUGCCGGAUGAGGGCACCUUUGACUGGCUGGAUGACUUCCUGGAGAAGAACCCCAAGUACGUAGAGCUCUCGGACCGGGCCAUCAUCAAGUGGGCGGAGAAGAGUGGCAUCACCCACCAGGAGGCUAACACCUGGAAGCACUGCCUUGACAAGCCUGACCCCCAGUUUCGCAUCCCGCUGCUGGACGACUUCUCAGCGAGGCGCGUUAUCCAGGCGGUGGCGCCCACGCAGCCCCGGCACUACGUGGUCAUGGAAGUGAAGUCCAACUUGGUGAAGGAGGAGCGGGCCCAGCUGCUGAAACGCUUCACCGAAGGCUACUUCAAGACUGUGGCGCAGGUGGUCAUGGGUGAGCCUCCUCAGGACUUCAAGGCAAAGGUCCACCAGGCGCUGCUGCAAGAGAAGCAGGAGAAGGCAACCAUCGACUGGAAGAGACGGAAGAUGGAGAAGGAGCAGGAGCGGCUGGUGCGGAAGCGCCAGCGCGAGCUGGAGGAGGCCAAAAAGAGGGCCGAGGAGGAGGCCAAGAAGAAGCUUGAGGAGCUGGAGCGCGAGCGGGCCGCCGCGGAGGCAGAAGCGGCCGCAGCUGCGGAGGCGGAGGCCAGGGCAGCAGCGGGCGAAAGUACCGAAGCGCCCAAGGAGGGAGAGGAGGCGAAGGAUGUGAAGAUGGAGCCGGCCGACGCAGAAGAGCCGAAGGCGGAGGUCAAGGACGAGAAGUCGGAAGUCAAGGAGGAGAAGCCAGAGGUGAAGGACGAACCCAUGGAGCCGAAGGAGGUGAAGGAGGAGGAGCCGGAACCAGAGGAGCCCUGUCCGGUGGCGGAGCUGACCGAGGAGGACAAGGCGAAGUGGUUCCUGAAGAAGCCCGUGGGGGACCUCAGCACCUGGACCCUUGGAGGCUACUUCGCCAAGUUCAGCAUCCCCGAGAAGGACGAGGGCUUCGGCGACGUGCGCUACGCCUGGAGCGCGGAAACCGCCGCGAAGGAGUACCUGGCGAACUUCAUCCGCAAGAACAAGAUCACCACCAAGAUGGAGGAGCUUCAGCCCGGAGAAUGGUUCAAGGGGAAGGUUGGCGACUGGCACAAGCUAUUGGAGGAGUGGCGGAACAAGCAGCGGGAGUUCCAGAUGCGGCCGGCAGAGGGCCAGAUGGAGCAAGAGGAGGCCGAAGCGCCGAAGGAGGAGGAGCCGAAGCCUGAGGGUGCAGCGCCAGAGGGUGAGGAGGCGCCAAAGGAGGGAGAGGAGAAGAAAGAGGAGGCGCCGAAGGAGGAAGCCAAGGAGAAGAAGGAAAGCGAGGUGGACCCUAUGGCAGUGGAGGACGUGUGCAACGUGGGCAACGACAAGCCCCUCUUUGCCGCCUUCGCCUUUGAGGACUGGACCCUGCUGAAUUUGCGCGCGGAGUUGCACCUCUUGGCGGUGGCCUUCUUGAAGGACGCCGGGGAUCCGGAGCGUAUCGGCAUCCACGAGCCAAAUCUGGCCUUCUACUACCAGAAGUACUUCAAGAAGCAGUUUGUGCCCAAGUACUACGGCGCGGAGAGCAACGCCGAGCUGAUUGAGAAGCUGCUGAAGGACACUUUGCACCUGAACCCCGAGUCGGUCAUGAUGACCAAGCACGGCGAGGAGCUGGACUUUGGGCUGCUGGUGAAGCUGACGGAGGUCGCGCGGAGAGAAAGACAAGCCAAGAUCGACUCAGGCGACGAGACGGCGAAGCUGCGCUUCGAGCAGCCCACCAUGCCGCCCCCGCCCCCGCAGCAGGCGGCUACAAGGGCGGCUUCAAGGGAGGCUUCAAAGGCGACAAGGGGGACUUCAAAGGCUUCAAGGGCUUUGGCAAGGAUCAGGGGAAGAAGGGCUUCGACAAAGGCAAGAAGGGCGACAAGGGCUUCGGAAAGGUGGACAAGGGCAAGGGGAAAAGAAAGCUGAGCAUGCCCAUGUUCGAUGAGGUUAUGGCUUCGGCUACUGAGAAGGUUUUGCUUUUCGGGCGCUCGGUCGGUGGGCGCAGCAGAUUCGCAUCCGCCCGAUGGCGUUGGGGGAGCGGAGACGCCAGAAGUGCAACCCAUCCCGGGACGGCCCGGACGGCCCGGACGGCCGGUCCCGAGCCCGGGCGCUAUUCACGAGC